AUGGUCUACGGCUCCAUGAACCGCUACAUCGCUGGGUGGGCGCUGCGUUUGCGGACCGUGGGUCUGGGCAGCCUCGUCAUGGACGCCACACUGGACGACGAGGCUUUCGCCCUCUGCACGCGCCACCACGGCCUCUGCGUGCGCGCCGGCAUCAGCGUGCUGAACAAGUACACGCUGCUGCUGCUGGCGCUGCAAAUGGGCUUGGACGUCAUGUGGCUGGAUUUCGACAUCUUCUUGGUCCAGCACCCAACCAAAGCCAUUGAAAAAGCGGCCGUGGGCUCGGAUCUGCUCAUGGGCUACGAUCUCGAGUCAGACUGCCUGUGCAACGGCUUCUUUUUCAUCCGAUCCAGUGAGAAGACGCACCGCUGGCUUUUCGAAAUGGUACGAUGGCUCUAUGACCACCCCUACGAGCACGAUCAGCGUGCCAUCGGGGCCUUCCUGAACUACACCGAGCGGAUUUCCAUCAGCGAGGAGGAGCUUCCACCCAUCCCCCGAUGGCACGUCUUCGAUGAGGAGAACAGCUUCAUCAACUACGGCUCUUGGCUGGGGGACUUCGAUCAGCUGGUCCUGGUGCACUUUGUAGACGGCAGCGCCUUCUCCCUCUACGGCCGGCCCUCCUGGGAUCCCUCCAUCCCCUUGGCCAAGAAGCAGCAGGUGGAGGCAUCCGAGAGCGGCGCGGAGAGCGGCCCUGCCACUUCCACCAUGGACGAGUUCUACGACCUUGAGGCGGCGGCGCAGCCGCAGCUAGACGGACGGCUGAGGGCCCUGCUGCAGAGCAAGGUGCGCGCCAAGCCGGAGCGCCUCGGAGCCGUGCUGCAUCUGUCCAACCAGCAACAUUACAUGAAUGUGGGGAGCAACCGCUGGCCCAGGAAGAAGCAGAAGUGCGGCAUUCUGCCCAUGGUGGUCUCGGCGCACCCGGGCUACGGCUGGCUUGCGGAGCAUGGGUCCAGGGCGCAGGGUGUCUACGUCUAG